AUGCCCUCAUUCUCCGCGCAAUUCAUUCUUUCCACAUAUACCGGGGCCAUCGUAUUAGCGAACUCCCUCUUUAUAUCUCUGACAAUGCACAUUAACCGCCCAUCCAUUGUAUCACUCGCACUUAUUUUAGCCCUUACUCAAUCAACUAUAUCCCACCCUAUCCGAACUAUCAAAUGGGUCAAAACAGAGCAAUUCCAAGACCCAAAGGAUCGUGGAAUAUGGAAGGUCUUCGAGAAAGAAGGAUAUGAUCAAUUACCCGACCCACCGCACAUCAGAUACAACGGGAACCCAGCAUGGCCCAACCGAAACAACGAACAAUUAGAGCAAGACACACCAAAUGAUCGCUAUAAAACAGGGACUUCCGAGUGGGGGAAACCAACAGUUUCAAUCCUGAUCCCAGCAUCUCCAGUUAUACCAAUGCAAAAGCCCUACAGCCAAAAGACGGGAGAAAAGCAGGAGAACCACUCAGAAGACAAGGGGGGCUCAAUCAAUGCAUCUGCUGCCCAGAGACAAGGUCACUACAGCGACAUCCUACAAUCCCUGCACACAAAAGGCGCCCUAAGAAAUGAGCAUAAAUAUACCCCGCCUGCACCUUUCUCCUACUCCUCAUCGGACCAUUCGACCUCUUUCUUUGCAUACCGCUGCUCUUUCCCGACGUUGAGAUUAGAAACCAUGUCGUUGCCACAGUAUCCUCUUCCAGGAGGUUUUACGACAGUGAUUAUUCUCCUAGUGAUGGUUUGGAUUGCUAUGUUCACCAUUGGGUUGCUUGAACUUGGGAAUUAUCUUUGGAGACGGAGGGCAGAGACGGAGGGCAGGGAGGAUGUUCAGGGUCUGCAUAGUCAGGAGGAUGUGAGUUUUGAUGAGACGAUGAAGAUGCCGUUAACAAUAGUUAUUGCUCCUUCGGAAAACACUCGGCCGUGUUCUAUGGGAGAACAAGGGUAUGAGUUCCUAGAGUCCGUUUCCAGUGACUAUGAGUCGGACUCGGGUUCGGAAUCUGAUGAGGAUGAUUAUCGCAUCUUUUGA